CGUCCGACAGGUAGGCGGCCACGGAUAAGACCCAGGACAUGUUGGGAAGACUGUCUCCCGGCUGGCCUGGGAAGGCCUCUGGAUCCCUGGGAGGUGCUGGACGAAGUGGCUGGGGAGAAGGAAGUCUGGGCUUCUCUGCUUAGGCUGUUGCCCCAGCCACCCGACCUCGGAUAAGCAGAAGAAGAUGGAUGGAUGGUUCUGGAAUAUACAAAAUAAGACUUACAGUGAAGGGAGAAGUCCGGUCCUUAGUUUUCUGAAAAUGUGGCCCCUAAGAAACAGUUUGGUUGAGUGUCUCUGGCCUGUGAUGUCACUAAUCAUGUGAUGUCACAUUUGAGUCAUCACUAUGGUGUAACAAGGAACGUGAUUACAUAAGCGUGGGCAAAGAGGAUGACAUAAAGUGAUGCAUAGGUGUUGCUACGUGAUCUUGGCGAGUUCAGGUCUAGAGGAUCCUCUUGAGCUGUACUUCUUGUCGAAUACUCAAUAUUCCAGUCCAGCGGGGGUAAUGUCCAACAAGGUUCCAAAGGUGAAAGUGAAGUCCACUCACGCAAACACAAGGCAACAUUCGCAGGCGCUGGCGAACAAGCGCUCCCCGGACUGGGAUGGCAUUUUCAAGGAGAUCCUCAUCCGACGCGAGGAGAAGGAUCUGGAGGCCCAGUCGGACGAUCUCCAACAGCAGCUGGACAUUCUGAAAGUGCGCGAGAGUGAGCUCCUCCAGGAUAUAAAUGUGGUGGAGGAUCUGUUCUUAAGCAGGGAGCCCUUUAAGGCGGACGCGGUUGUGGACGAAGCCACGGACAAAGUGGAGAAGGAGAUGACCAAGGUGUACAACAAGGAGGAGGAGAUCAAGAACCUGACUGUGGAGUGUGCGGAGCUCAGGCAGAGGAAGCAAGAGCGCCAAGACGUGGUCCACUCGCACACCAUCUACCAGCAGUUCAUGCAGAAGCUGGUGAGCAUGACACUCUUUGAAGACGAGGAAGCGCUGACUCACCACAUCGAGAGUCUGCACAACGUCGAGGACCAGCUCUCUCAGCGGGAAGGCGAAGCGUACGAGAAAACCAACCAGCAGAGGAAAACCCAGCUGACUCUUCAGAAGCAGUACGAGAUGGAGAGGCAGGAACUGGACAUGGAGCUGACCCAGCUCAUGCCCGAACUGUUCGAAUCCAAGAUCCGGGUGGAAUACUGGUUCAAGGAGUGGAAACGCAUCGAGGACACCGCCUCGAGAAAACUGAACCUGCUGGCGCAGAUCAAGAUGUCCAUCCUCAGCCUCUACGAGCUGAUCGGCGGCAAGGUCUGCGAUAAGCAAGGCGUGGCUUUGAACGAGACAGAGAAGCAGUUGGAGAAGAUCCACGCCUUCAUGCUGGACCACUUUGAGAUCAUCAAGGAGUACGAAGCCCAUUCCAGCGUGGGCAGAUAACUCAGAAUUACUGUCGGUUCUGGUCUGCGGGCAGCAAGCCCAGAACAUACUUGCCAACCCUCCCGGAUUUUCCGGGAGACUCACGAAAUUCAGCGCCUCUCCCGAAAACCUCCCGGGACAAAUUUUCUCCCGAAAAUCAGGCGGACUCAGGUCCUCAUGGACCUGAGUCCGCUAACCCACAAUAUAACCAGCAUACCUGCCCAAUCACGUUAUAACUGCAGAAUGAUGGAGAGCGAGUUCUUGGUUUCUUAUGUGGAUUUAUUGUUAGGCAGUUUCAUUAACGUCCUCCCAGCGCGGUAACAACACACAACAACAGCAGUCACGUUUUUGUAUACCGUAAAGCAGUUCGUCUGCCGUAAACAGCAAUGUGACACUCUUAAACAGGACAAUACUGCCAUCUAGUGUUAUGUGUGUGUAUAUGUGUAAAUAAAUGAACACUGAAAUUCAAGUAUUUAUAUAUAUAUAUAUAUAUAUAUAUAUAUAUAUGUAUACAUUAGAGAUGCGCGGAUAGGCAAUUAUUUCAUCCGCAACCGCAUCAGAAAGUCGUCAACCAUCCGCAAUCCACCCGAUCUAACAUUUGAUCAGAACCGCAUCCGCCCGCCAUCCGCCCGCACCCGCCCGUUGUUAUAUAUCUAAUAUAGACGAUGCAAGACAUUAG